AUGUCAGAUAAGAAAAAAAAGGUUAUAAUGACUAAGGAUGUUGUAAGCGUGGCUACGCCUAAGAGGCCUGUUAUCCUAAAGUCUGAUAGAGAGACAAAAGAACAAAAUAAAGAUAAAGUGGAAAAAGAAAAGCAACCCACCAUAUUAAUAAAAACUCGGGAGCAAAGUACUCCUAAAGAGGAAAGGCCAGUGAGUCCCAAGUCUCAUGUGUCAGAUGAUACUCAACAGCCAUGUAAAAUAGCACAAAACGAGGCAAAAGAAAAAAAAGAACAAAAGCCAUGUAUUUUGAAGACCAUGUCAGAGCCAGUCAAAUUGCUAGAUGAAAAUUUGGAAUUCAAUAACACAGCUCUAGAAUACUUAAAUGAUAAUAACAGUAACUAUUUAAUCAUAGGAGUGAUUGGUAUGCAAGGUGUUGGAAAAUCUUUGAUACUCAAUCUUAUCAACCAAAGUAUGCCAAUAGAAGACAUUUGCCAUACAAUACUUCAAUCUCAUGAAAUGCCAGAUACAAACGAAGUUGAUGAAAGUAUUGAAAGUCAUACGGAGAAACUAAGCAUAGACAAAAAACAAGAAAGACCUCACUUUAAAUUUAAAAUGCAGGAUAUUGAACAAAUUGAAAAAGGAGUACACUGCACUAAAGGUGUUGAUAUGUAUGUAACAAGUGACCGUGUCAUCCUCCUUGACUGUCAACCAUUAUGGUCGCCAUGUUUGAUUGACACAAAUAUAAAUGCUGUAACAUCUAGAAGUGCUAACAUUGUGACUGUAGAUUGUCUUCAAAUAGCUUCCUAUUUAAUGGCCAUAUGCCAUGUUUUAGUGGCUGUCCAAGACUGGUUUUGUGACUACAAUUUCAUAAGAUACAUACAAGCGGCAGAAAUGUUGAGGCCAUCCCUCUCAUCCACGAAUGUUAAUCAAGAAUCGGACUCUGUUCAAACAGAAGUUCACCCACACUUACUGCUAUUACAUAAUAGAUGUCAAUUAGAGGACUUCACUCAUUCCAAUGUCCAUACUAUUCAAGAUUUUUACAGAAAAGCAUUUCAGCGCUCAAACCUGCAAUUAAAAUCUGGCAUGUACUUGUAUAGUGAUACAAGUAACAAUGGCGUCAAUGUUGAUAGUGUUAACAAAUGGUAUAGUGUUGAAAAGUGUGGACACCCUAUCAAUUUGUUUCUGUUACCAGAAGUAUAUGAAGAUUAUGAUAACAAGGAAAUUUACCGGGGCCAUCCAGCAUUUGAAGAAUUAGCGAAAAGACUGCGUUGGAUGUUAUUGGGCGUAAACAGACAUCAGAUAACAAAUGUCCCGAAUUUAUCGGAAAAAGGCUGGUUCCAUUUUUGCAACAAAGCCUGGGAGUCUAUCAAGAAAUGCACAUUUUUCUUGGAGUAUGAAAGGUUUUUGCCUUAA